UCAGUAAUUGGAAAAAUAAAAACAGAGUGGCUACACAUUUGGCAGUGAGAAUGUAGAUAGAGAAAAUGACCUAGGAGCUCAAGAUUCUUGAGAAAAUCUCCUGAGUGUCUCCAACUUAAAAGCUCCAUUUCUUAUAGUCUGUAUCCUUUCACCCUGAUGGCUUGGUGACCCUAAAUUGUAAUUACAUUUACCUUGGAUGUUUAUUUCUCUUUUCUGUAUAAGAUUUGAGACUCUUUGAGUCCCACGAAUGUCUCCAUGGUAUAGUUUUUAAAUGCUUCCCUUUUAAAAUUAUGUUGGUGAUUUUUAUUUUAGACUUUCUGAUUAUUUUCAAGGGAGUGCUUAUUUAAAUUAAGUUGCAUAUAUCCAUCUUGCAUUUGAGUACCAUGUGUUUUUAUCUGUAGCUGAUCUGCUUGAAAGGAUACAGUUUCCACCUCCAAAAUUUAUACUUUGAAGUAAAAUAGUUUAUCCUUUCAUGAAUCUUUGAGCAGUUAGAGGUUAAGCAGGCAUGGGUGUUACUUUCUAAAAGCGCAUAUUACAGAAGAGGGUUAGUCUUUGCCAAUAUGGCAAUGUUCAUUAUCUUUUCAGAGGACGGGCAAUACAGAGAUAUCUGUAAAUGGAGAACGAGUGUCUGUAGUUCAGUUUAUAUAAUUUUAUCUGUUAGACAACUGAAUUAAUCUAUUGCAGUAUAAUUCACCUAUCAUAAACAAUAAACCAUGAUAAACUCCUCUUUGAGAGACUAUAAGAAAUCUUUCCACAGCCACAGAGAUAUAUCAGUAUCACACCCACCCAAGCCAGGCAAACUUCUGUCUCUGCCCCUACCCCCUUAGUGUUGUUUUAUACAGAUCCUCACUGGUCAAGAAGGUAUUGUCAAGUUUUACUGACUUCACAUAUAGUGUAAACAGUGAGAUUUUUUUUUCCCAUUUGAUAAACAUAAAAUUAUAAUACUGAAUACACUUUUUUUUUUCAGAUUACACAUUUAUCUCCACCCUUAAUUCCCAUAAGCCCUUCUAAAAGGACAGACCCUCCAUUCCUUAGUUGAGAAUCACUGCUUUGUUGAAAAGUAUGGAGAGGCUGAGAUGGAAAAGUAUAGAGUAGCAUUUUAUGCCGUUUUGAUGGGAAAGAGUGAGGAGGAAUGUAAAACAGGAGAUUUGAGACUCUAGAUCUCCCCAAAAAAACCAGAUGAAUGUCAGUUUAUACUUAACUUUGAGGGGCUCACUUUCUGUAGGAUUAACAGUAGUUUCUCCUUUAAUAAGGAUAUGAGAUGAAGCGUGAUUAUUGCUCUAUAUAAAAGAUUUCUCUAGAGGUAACUGGCUCGCUAUUUGGAGAUUAUAGAUAGGUGGUCUUGGGAAUUUAACCUUAACUAAUUAGUUUAUUCCAUUUCUCUCCCACUUCCACCCUUCAAGAUUGCUGUUAUUAGUCUGGUCAUUAGUUUGGAAUUGUGAAAAGUGACUACAUAAAUAUAGCCACUAAACUCUUAUCUUUCCUUUUGAACACAUACAUGUGUUUCUCUUAUGGACAGUGGUGCGUCAAGAGUCACUUUUCAUUCCCAAUAUGGUAAAAGUCUGGUAGGACGUCUUUAUCUAGGCAGAUGCUUUACCUAGGGAUAUCUAAAUGCUUCAUAUAUUUGAAACCUGCUUUAACAUCCAUUAAUUUUUACUACCAGUGUUUGAACCAUGGAAGAAAUUUAAUGACAUAGAUGAGCUUGAUAGAAUAGGCCAGAUGUGUAUACAGCCAGGAGGACCCACAAGUAGGAAUAGAGGAGGGGUGAAGAAAGAGGUAUGUUGGGGGAAGUUAGAGAUAUGUUCCUAAUCUUAGGAAAAUCAAUUGCAGCUUAAAAAUGGAAGCUAAAAACAAGUAGGAGACUAGGAUAAAAAAUACGGAUGAGAUGAAUUGGGUCAGCAGAGGUGAGUUGAUGGGAUGGACUUGAGAAGUAAUGAUACUUGGUGGUGUGGCAUUAAAUCAGUGGAGAGGUUUGUUAAUUAUUGGGCCUAGACUAAACCAGGAGAAGCAGAGGUUUGGCCCAAAAAUUGGAAAAGGGGAGGUAAGUGGUAAUGCACUCUCCUUUAAAAGCUUAUACUUGAGUCAUAGAGGAUAAAGAAAUGUUUCAGGAACUGUUAGCUUUGUUUCUUCCAUUAAAAAAUGAGAUUGCUCUUUGAGGUUGGGCCAUUGUAGAUAGAAGGAUAAGCAUUAGAAAGGAUAUGUAAAUAGCACAGAAUUGUGGAAAGGACAAAAUAAUCCAUGUUAAAAAUGUCAGGUUAUAAACUAUUAUCAGUAUAAGCUUCUAGUUAAUGGAAACUGUUACUGUGGUUUGUGUAUGACACCUAGCUGUUAGAUAUUUAGUGUAACUUCUCUCACAGUGAACAAGAGAUGAAAGAUAAUAGAUGGUAAAGUAGGGCAUAACUAGAAAAAACUGAUGGUAGUGUUGACUUGAGGAAAUUUAUAAAAUUAUUGAGUCGGUUUUCAUUAAAUCAAGAUACACUCAUAACUUUUCUGAUUGCCAUUUGGGGUAAUUUUUAGGUAGAUUUUAGGUAAGAGAGACUGGAAUGAGUUCAUGGAACAGUUUAACCAGGAGUGGGAAGUGAUAUAGAUCCUGGAUGAGAUGUGAAGGGUAUACGAUUAACAAAGCAGGGAAGAUCUUGUUAGCAUUGGUGGACAUGCCAUGUAUACUCUGUAAUUUUGAUCGAUGUGCCAACUACUGAAAUAUCUGUUUUCUUUGUCUGUGUCAGAGUUUAUGGGAUAUCAUAUUGUUUUAUAAGAACAACUGGGAUGGAUUGGGAAAGGGAAAAAUAAUAGCUUGGGGGUUAUGUGGAAGUCUCCUUUAGUCAAAUCUAUACUGUAUCACUGACAAAUUUCUUAUCUUCUGUCUUCCAAAAGUUGGGACAAAUGGUCUUACCAAGCAAGGCCUUCCUGGAUUGUCAAACAUUGACAUUAUACGCAAAGAACAGAUAGUACUUUUUCAUAUAUUUUAGUUACGUGGUGAUGUACUUAUAGUUUCUUGUCUUAGAUAGUUUUCUUUUUCCAGUGUCUUUGUGGACUUAAAAUUCCACAUAUGGAUUUAGUAAACAUCCUUUCAGUCAUUUGUAGGACAGUUUUUAAAGAUAGGAAGCUUUCUACUGUCUCAUCUUAGAGUAAAAAAAAACACUUAGUUUUUGUGAGCACUGAAUGGUUCAGUCCAGAUAGUGCAGGCAAAUACAUUAAUUCCUUAAAUAUUUUUUGAGUUGCUACUGUGUGUGUGGUACCCUGCUGGUUCCUCAGGGAUCCAUAGAUAUGGUCCCCAUCAUUCAGGAGCUUUCUGUCUCUUAGGGAAAGAGCAGCUGGGCCAUCAUGCAGGAUUGUGCUGGGUGUGCAUUGCACACAUUCAGGAUCAUCAAUUUAUAUAUUUAGUAUGACAGUUUUCCAGCAGAUGGCGUAAAAGCAUCUUGAGGAGCAGGCAGCUUUUUAUAAUUUGCACAGGAAACAUUUGGGCCUUCAGGGGACAUGGACAAGACACUCGUCUUUUUGGUAAAAUAUUAAAUAUAAGUGCCUUAAGUAAGGUGGAAACAAUGCUGUGGGUACUCAGAGGAGGUGGAGGGAUCAAGUCACCACACAUUGCUUACCUGUUAACGGGGCAGAGGAUGAGGGCUGACUUUAUGCAGUAGAAGGCAUUUGAGGAUGGGUAAGAUUUUAGCUGGGAGACUUGUUGCAGGUGGUGGGGAUGUCCCAGUCAGAAGCUGCAGCAUAGUAGGCAAAGUCACAGAGGUAGGAAUCAUGUUCAGGGAACUGUGUAUUCUACAUUUGGACUGGAAUGUAUGACAUAUAUAGUAAAUGGUGAGAGGGAAUAUUGGGAAUAUAAAUUGGAGACAAAAUGGAGAAAGUCUUGAAUCCCUUGCAGAGGAAGUUUUUUUAUCUUUAAUAUGAGAAAGAUCUCUUGAGAGGAGACUUUAGAUCAGAAAUGCUAGGUAUGGAUUAAUUGAUAUGUUAACUAGUCUAAAGUUUGGGAAACUCCCUGGUAAAAUUGUACUAUGAACUUGGUGAGAUUGUACUAUGAGUUUGGUUAAAUGUUGUUAGUUUUGCCAGUAGGAAGCAAAGGUAUCUAAAAUACAGAGAAAGUUUAUAAAAUAGAAUAUAUCCAGAAACCUUCAUCUGUAUUCACUGAAAUGCUGGUGGUAUAUUUUUAAGUUCUGCCAAUUCAGGACUAAAAAUAGAAGAUGAAUGAUGGUUAAGUUUCCUGAUCUCUACCUGAGAAUGAUAACUGUAAAAAGAAAUGGACAGAGAUCGCUGACUGAAUGCUAUUGACAAAAAAGGAACUUAAAAGUGUGUAGGUGUGAGCCCAAAAAGGGGGUUGGUUUGAUUUAUUUCUUUUUUUCUUCUUUAGUUUUAUUUUUGAAGCAGAAAUGUGGGUGUUCUUUCUGCUGUGUCUCUAUCCUCAAAUUUCCUCACAUUUCCCUCUUCUUUUAUUUUAUUAUUUUGAUACUAUUAAGGGUAGUACCUAAGAAGGAGAAAUUUUCUCUGAGGUCACCAACUUUGUUUAUCUUUUAUUUGUAUUCCCACAACAGGAAUUCUACCGUCUUCCUCUGAAGAUCUAGCCAUCUUGCUCCAUGAAGGUCAGGACAAUCUGACAUGCACUUGUUUCUUGCCUCUUUACCUGAAGAGUAGUCCUCUUCCAUUGUGUACAUUUUUUUCUUAAUAGGGGAGGGGAGGGGAGAGCCAAUACCCCCCUCCCCUUCCCUCCCUGGGCUUUGGGGAAUACCUUCCAUUGCUUUACCAAGAUGGCAGACCCCAUCAUGGAUCUGUUUGAUGACCCAAAUUUAUUUGGCCUGGACUCUCUGACUGAUGACGGCUUCAACCAGGUCACACAAGACCCCAUUGAGGAAGCCCUUGGACUGCCAAGCUCUCUGGACUCCUUGGAUCAAAUGAACCAGGAUGGCGGAGGUGGUGAUGUGGGCAAUUCAUCAACAAGUGAACUGGUCCCCCCAACAGAGGAAACAGGCCCUACAGAAAUUCCCAAAGAAUCAACAGUUCCAGCUCCAGAAUCUUUAACCUUGCAUGAUUAUACCACUCAGCCCGCCAGCCAAGAGCAGCCAGCCCAACCUGUCUUACAGACGACGAUGCCAACAUCGGGACUUUUGCAGGUCUCCAAGAGCCAGGAGGUCUUGAGCCAAGGGAAUCCUUUCAUGGGUGUCUCUGCCACAGCUGUCUCCAGUAGUACUGGAGGGCAGCCACCUCAGUCAGCUCCUAAGAUUGUUAUCCUUAAGGCCCCACCAAGCUCCUCAGUUACUGGUGCCCAUGUGGCACAGAUUCAGGCCCAAGGUGUCACCAGCACAGCUCAGCCCCUGGUGGCUGGCACAGCCAAUGGUGGAAAAGUCACUUUUACCAAAGUGCUAACCGGCACCCCCCUUCGACCAGGUGUUUCCAUUGUCUCUGGUAAUACAGUGUUGGCCGCCAAGGUCCCUGGGAACCAGGCUACUGUUCAGCGCAUUGUCCAGCCCAGCCGACCAGUAAAGCAGCUGGUCCUACAGCCAGUUAAGGGUUCAGCUCCUGCUGGAAACCCUGGGGCCACAGGGCCCCCACUGAAGCCUGCAGUUACACUGACCUCUACACCUACCCAGGGUGAAUCGAAACGCAUCACUCUGGUCCUCCAGCAACCACAGUCGGGAGGUCCCCAAGGACACCGGCAUGUUGUGCUAGGAAGUUUACCAGGCAAGAUAGUGUUACAGGGCAACCAGCUGGCAGCCCUGACUCAAGCCAAGAAUGCCCAGGGGCAGCCUGCCAAAGUAGUAACUAUCCAGCUGCAGGUGCAGCAGCCACAGCAAAAAAUCCAGAUCGUACCACAGCCUCCAUCAUCUCAGCCGCAGCCUCAGCAGCCACCCUCAACCCAGCCAGUGACUCUCUCGUCUGUGCAGCAGGCUCAGUUAAUGGGACCAGGACAAAGCCCAGGACAGAGACUUUCAGUACCACUCAAAGUGGUGCUGCAGCCACAGGCUGGCUCUUCCCAAGGGGCCUCUUCAGGGCUUUCUGUAGUUAAAGUUCUAAGUGCCAGUGAAGUGGCAGCAUUAUCAUCGCCAGCAAGCUCUGCCCCUCAUACUGGGGGCAAGACAGGAAUGGAGGAAAACCGCAGGCUGGAGCACCAGAAGAAGCAAGAGAAAGCAAAUCGGAUCGUAGCAGAGGCCAUUGCUAGGGCCCGUGCCCGGGGUGAACAGAACAUACCUCGUGUCCUGAAUGAGGAUGAAUUGCCCAGUGUUCGGCCAGAGGAGGAAGGUGAAAAGAAACGCAGGAAGAAGAGCAGUGGGGAGAGGCUCAAGGAGGAAAAGCCAAAGAAGAGCAAAACUUCCGGUACCUCCAAAACUAAGGGCAAAAGUAAGCUGAACACAAUUACUCCUGUGGUGGGUAAGAAGAGAAAGCGUAAUACCUCAUCUGAUAAUUCAGAUGUGGAAGUCAUGCCUGCACAAUCACCCCGGGAAGAUGAAGAAAGCAGCAUUCAGAAGAGACGGUCAAAUCGCCAAGUAAAGCGAAAAAAAUAUACAGAGGAUCUGGAUAUAAAGAUCACAGAUGAUGAAGAAGAAGAAGAGGUGGAUGUAACUGGUCCAAUAAAACUUGAGCCUAUCCUCCCUGAACCAGUGCAGGAACCAGAUGGCGAGACUCUGCCUUCUAUGCAGUUCUUUGUGGAGAAUCCCAGUGAAGAAGAUGCAGCCAUUGUAGACAAAGUGCUUUCUAUGAGGGUUGUGAAGAAGGAGCUUCCUUCAGGACAGUAUACUGAAGCAGAAGAAUUCUUUGUCAAGUACAAGAACUACUCCUACCUGCACUGUGAGUGGGCUACUAUCUCCCAGCUAGAGAAGGAUAAGAGGAUCCAUCAAAAACUAAAGCGCUUCAAAACCAAAAUGGCUCAAAUGAGACACUUCUUCCAUGAGGAUGAAGAGCCCUUCAAUCCAGACUAUGUAGAAGUGGAUAGGAUAUUGGAUGAGUCUCACAGUAUUGACAAGGACAACGGGGAGCCUGUAAUUUACUACCUAGUGAAAUGGUGCUCUUUGCCAUAUGAGGAUAGUACAUGGGAGUUGAAAGAAGAUGUUGAUGAGGGCAAGAUUCGAGAAUUUAAACGGAUCCAGUCAAGGCACCCAGAACUCAAAAGGGUGAAUCGUCCACAGGCAAGUGCCUGGAAGAAGUUGGAGCUGUCACAUGAGUAUAAAAACAGAAACCAGUUACGGGAAUAUCAGCUAGAAGGGGUCAACUGGCUGCUUUUUAAUUGGUAUAACAGGCAGAACUGCAUCUUGGCUGAUGAGAUGGGAUUGGGCAAAACUAUUCAGUCCAUUGCCUUCUUACAGGAGGUAUAUAAUGUGGGCAUCCAUGGCCCCUUCCUAGUCAUUGCCCCAUUGUCCACAAUUACUAACUGGGAGCGUGAAUUCAAUACGUGGACAGAGAUGAACACCAUUGUGUACCAUGGCAGUCUGGCCAGCAGGCAGAUGAUUCAGCAAUAUGAAAUGUACUGCAAAGAUUCACGGGGGCGCCUCAUCCCAGGCGCAUACAAAUUUGAUGCCCUGAUCACCACUUUUGAGAUGAUUUUGUCAGACUGCCCUGAGCUCCGUGAAAUUGAGUGGCGUUGUGUCAUCAUUGAUGAAGCCCAUCGACUUAAGAACCGUAAUUGCAAGCUGCUUGAUAGUCUCAAGCACAUGGACCUGGAACAUAAAGUGCUACUCACAGGAACUCCUUUGCAAAAUACUGUGGAGGAGCUGUUUAGCUUGCUUCAUUUCUUGGAACCUUCACAGUUUCCCUCAGAAUCAGAGUUCCUCAAGGACUUUGGGGAUCUUAAGACAGAGGAACAGGUUCAAAAGCUACAGGCUAUUCUCAAGCCAAUGAUGCUGAGAAGACUCAAAGAGGAUGUUGAAAAAAACCUGGCACCCAAACAGGAAACUAUUAUUGAAGUAGAGCUGACCAACAUCCAGAAGAAAUACUACCGGGCUAUUUUGGAAAAGAAUUUCUCCUUCCUUUCCAAAGGGGCAGGUCAUACCAACAUGCCUAAUCUACUCAACACAAUGAUGGAGUUGCGCAAGUGCUGCAACCAUCCAUAUCUCAUCAAUGGUGCAGAAGAAAAAAUUCUAACAGAAUUUCGGGAAGCUUGCCAUAUUAUACCUCAUGACUUCCACCUGCAGGCCAUGGUUCGUUCAGCUGGCAAAUUGGUCCUUAUUGACAAGUUACUUCCAAAGCUUAAAGCUGGUGGCCAUAAGGUUCUGAUCUUCUCCCAGAUGGUACGCUGCCUGGAUAUCCUAGAGGAUUAUCUAAUCCAGAGGAGGUAUUUAUAUGAGCGUAUUGAUGGGCGAGUUAGAGGCAACCUUCGACAGGCUGCUAUUGACCGCUUCAGUAAGCCUGACUCAGACCGCUUUGUCUUCUUGCUAUGUACCCGGGCUGGUGGACUUGGUAUUAAUCUCACAGCCGCUGAUACAUGCAUCAUCUUUGAUUCAGAUUGGAAUCCUCAAAAUGACCUGCAGGCCCAGGCACGGUGUCAUCGAAUUGGGCAGAGCAAAGCUGUGAAAGUGUACCGUCUCAUCACUCGUAACUCCUAUGAGAGAGAGAUGUUUGAUAAGGCUAGCCUCAAGUUAGGAUUGGACAAGGCUGUGCUUCAAUCCAUGAGUGGUCGGGAUGGCAACAUUACUGGAAUCCAACAAUUCUCCAAGAAGGAGAUUGAAGAUCUCUUAAGAAAAGGAGCCUAUGCAGCCAUAAUGGAGGAAGAUGAUGAAGGCUCCAAGUUUUGUGAAGAGGACAUUGACCAGAUCUUGUUAAGACGAACUACAACCAUUACCAUUGAGUCUGAAGGAAAAGGUUCUACCUUUGCUAAGGCAAGCUUUGUUGCUUCUGAAAAUAGGACAGAUAUUUCCCUGGAUGACCCUAACUUUUGGCAGAAGUGGGCCAAAAAGGCUGACCUAGACAUGGAUCUACUCAAUAGCAAGAAUAACUUGGUGAUUGACACACCUAGAGUACGAAAACAGACCCGUCACUUCAGCACUCUGAAAGAUGAUGACCUGGUGGAAUUCUCUGAUUUGGAAAGUGAGGAUGAUGAACGACCUCGCUCCCGCCGACAUGACCGUCAUCAUGCCUAUGGGCGCACUGACUGCUUUCGGGUGGAAAAGCACCUCCUGGUAUAUGGUUGGGGACGGUGGCGAGAUAUCUUGUCUCAUGGACGCUUCAAGCGACGUAUGACUGAGCGAGAUGUGGAGACAAUUUGCCGGGCUAUCCUUGUGUACUGUCUUCUACACUAUCGUGGGGAUGAAAAUAUCAAAGGCUUUAUUUGGGACUUGAUUAGCCCUGCUGAAAAUGGCAAGACAAAAGAAUUGCAGAAUCAUUCAGUCUUCGAUGUCUCCCCUUCCCCAGGUCUGUCUAUCCCUGUGCCCCGUGGACGCAAAGGGAAAAAAGUAAAGUCACAAAGCACUUUUGAUAUCCAUAAGGCAGAUUGGAUUCGGAAAUAUAACCCUGACACUCUGUUCCAAGAUGAGAGUUAUAAGAAGCAUUUGAAACAUCAGUGUAAUAAGGUGCUGUUGCGAGUACGAAUGCUGUACUACCUAAGGCAGGAGGUUAUUGGAGACCAGGCAGAGAAGGUGUUGGGGGGUGCCAUUGCCAGUGAGAUUGACAUAUGGUUCCCAGUAGUGGAUCAGCUGGAGGUUCCAACAGCAUGGUGGGACAGUGAGGCUGACAAGUCCCUGCUCAUUGGAGUUUUUAAGCAUGGUUAUGAGAAAUAUAAUACCAUGAGGGCAGACCCAGCCUUAUGCUUUCUGGAAAAGGCUGGCCGACCAGAUGACAAAGCCAUUGCAGCAGAACAUCGAGUGUUGGAUAACUUCUCUGACAUAGUAGAAGGGGUUGACUUUGAUAAGGAUUGUGAAGAUCCUGAAUAUAAACCACUCCAGGGUCCCCCCAAAGACCAAGAUGAUGAGGGUGAUCCUUUGAUGAUGAUGGAUGAGGAGAUCUCAGUGAUUGAUGGAGAUGAAGCCCAGGUGACCCAACAGCCAGGCCAUCUAUUCUGGCCUCCAGGCUCUGCCCUGACAGCUAGGCUUCGGCGACUAGUAACAGCCUAUCAGCGCAGCUAUAAGAGAGAGCAGAUGAAGAUAGAGGCUGCAGAACGUGGGGACCGGCGGCGGCGGCGUUGUGAGGCAGCCUUUAAGCUAAAAGAAAUUGCCCGACGAGAGAAACAGCAAAGAUGGACAAGGCGUGAACAAACUGAUUUCUAUCGAGUUGUGUCGACCUUUGGUGUGGAGUAUGACCCUGAUACUAUGCAGUUUCAUUGGGAUCGCUUCCGCACUUUUGCCCGACUGGACAAAAAAACAGACGAGAGCCUUACCAAGUACUUCCAUGGCUUUGUGGCCAUGUGCCGCCAGGUGUGCCGUCUUCCCCCUGCAGCUGGCGAUGAACCCCCGGACCCUAAUCUGUUCAUUGAGCCUAUCACUGAGGAGAGAGCCUCUCGGACUCUCUACCGUAUUGAAUUGCUUCGGCGCUUACGGGAACAAGUUUUGUGCCAUCCUCUUUUGGAAGAUAGGCUGUCGUUAUGUCAGCCUCCAGGUCCUGAAUUGCCCAAAUGGUGGGAGCCUGUUCGGCACGAUGGAGAGCUUCUACGAGGGGCAGCCCGCCAUGGGGUGAGCCAAACAGACUGCAACAUCAUGCAGGACCCAGACUUCUCUUUUCUGGCUGCCCGUAUGAAUUAUAUGCAGAACUAUCAGACAGGAGCACCAGCUCCAUCCCUAUCACGCUGCUCUACUCCACUGCUACACCAGCAGUAUACCUCGCGCACUGCCUCACCACUGCCCCUGCGCCCAGAUGUUCCUGUUGAAAAGCCACCUGAGGAGACAGCUGCCCAGAUCCCCAGUCUGGAGAGUCUGACCUUAAAGCUAGAGCAUGAGGUGGUGGCCAGGAGCCGACCAACCCCACAAGACUAUGAGAUGCGAGUAAACUCCUCUGAUACUGCACCUCUGGUUUCCCGGAGUGUUCCACCAGUCAAACUGGAGGAUGAGGAUGAUUCAGACUCUGAGCUGGACUUGAGCAAGCUGUCACCGUCAUCCUCUUCCUCAUCCUCAUCCAGCUCCAGCUCCAGCACUGAUGAGAGUGAGGACGAGAAGGAAGAGAAGCUAACUGCUGACCGGUCCCAUUCAAAGCUCUAUGAUGAAGAGAGUCUCCUGUCCCUCACUAUGUCCCAAGAUGGAUUCCCAAAUGAAGAGGGAGAACAAAUGACCCCGGAGCUUCUGAUGCUUCAGGAAAGACAAAGAGCCUCUGAGUGGCCCAAGGAUCGUGUCCUGAUAAACCGUAUUGACCUCGUCUGCCAGGCUGUACUCUCAGGGAAGUGGCCUUCUAGCCGUCGGAACCAGGAAAUGGUAACAGGAGGAAUCUUGGGGCUGGGCAACCACUUGCUAGACAGUCCCUCAUUGACCCCAGGAGAAUAUGGUGACUCUCCGGUCCCCACGCCACGAAGUAGCAGUGCAGCUUCCAUGGCUGAGGAGGAAGCAUCUGCAGUCAGCACAGCAGCAGCCCAGUUCACCAAACUUCGCCGAGGCGUGGAUGAGAAGGAGUUUACAGUUCAGAUCAAAGAUGAGGAAGGGGGAUUGAAGUUAACAUUCCAGAAGCACAAGUUGAUGGCUAAUGGAGUAAUGGGAGAUGGACAUCCACUGUUUCAUAAGAAGAAGGGGAAUAGAAAGAAGCUAGUGGAGCUGGAGGUGGAGUGCAUGGAAGAGCCUAAUCACCUUGAUGUGGACCUGGAGACCCGGAUCCCUGUCAUCAAUAAGGUGGAUGGUACUUUGCUGGUGGGUGAGGAUGCCCCUCGCCGGGCUGAACUGGAGAUGUGGUUACAGGGUCAUCCAGAGUUUGCUGUCGAUCCCCGAUUUCUAGCGUAUAUGGAGGAUCGCAGAAAACAGAAGUGGCAGAGGUGUAAAAAAAAUAAUAAGGCAGAAUUUAACUGUUUGGGAGUGGAACCAGUACAGACAGCUAACUCUAGGAAUGGAAAAAAGGGUCACCAUGCUGAAACUGUGUUCAACCGGGUUUUGCCAGGGCCUGUUGCACCAGAGAGCAGCAAGAAGCGGUCCCGUAGGAUGCAACCAGACCUUUCUAAGAUGAUGGCCCUGAUGCAGGGUGGAGGCCCUGGGUCCCUAUCUCUGCAUAACACCUUCCAACACAGUAGUAGUGGCCUGCAGUCUGUGUCAUCUCUGGGUCACAGCAGUGCUACUUCUGCAUCUUUGCCUUUUAUGCCGUUCGUGAUGGGUGGUGCAGCAUCAUCCCCUCAUGUAGACUCCAGCACCAUGCUUCAUCACCACCACCCCCACCCCCACCCCCACCAUCACCACCAUCAUCAUCCAGGCUUGAGAGCCACUGGCUACCCUUCUUCACCAGCUACUACCACCUCUGGCACUGCCUUGCGGUUGCCACCACUGCAACCUGAGGAGGACGAUGAGGAUGAGGAUGAGGAUGAUGAUGAUGAUUUAUCUCAGGGCUAUGAUAGCUCAGAAAGGGACUUCUCACUCAUUGAUGAUCCUAUGAUGCCAGCCAACUCAGACUCCAGUGAAGAUGCUGAUGAUUGAAGCCCCAGCGUUGUCCCCAUUGCUUGGGUGGCUCCUGUGUUUUCAUUUACUCUGGCCCUUGGACUAUGGAAAAGUGGAAAGGGCAGGGGAGAUUUGGGGAGACCCAGGACUCCAGGAGGUGGAAAGGAAAAAAAAAAAAAACUUGUACCUGAUUGCUCCCAGAUCUGAGAGGAUUGGGUGGGCAGGGGAACUCCUAAAGUUAAUACACGACCACUUCCUCAUUUCUGGGGAAGGAAAGGAGACUAGAGCAACUGGUGCGCUCACCCCUCCCUAGACACCUCCAUUAACCACAGACUAUGUAGCGUUGGCCCUAGCCUCUGGCAGAGCCUGUUCCUGGCCGAACUGUGGAUACAGCUGGAGGGUCAGGAACUGUUACCUUCCUUCCCCUUGGCAUUAAUAAAUUUAAGUUAAUCCUU